UGGGCCUGCAUGGCGCGGGUCCGCGGGAGUGGGAGGAAACUUUUGGAUAGAAAAACGACACCGUUUUAUAGGCGAAGAAGUUGAGCAUCGUCUUUGAAGAGGAAAGGGACUAACCCUGCAACCGCCGCUGUUGGGCGUUGUCCGGCGUUCAUCAACGACCCAACUGACCAACCAACGUUUCCAGAGUGGCAUCAAAAAAUCAUUUUUCUGUGAGGCCUCUGAAGAGGUGAAUGCCAGCAUGAUUUACUGAUGUUCCCAGCUGCCAUCUGUUUGCCUUUUUCCUUGCAUGGUAAUUGUCUCCAGGUAAGUGCAGUUACAUAGCUCAAAAGCAACUUCAGUGCUACCAAAGUGUCAUCAUGGAAAUAAAGGCAGAUGGAAAGGAAAGCUCCCUCAUUCUGUUGAAACAAGGAGCUGAAGCUAGAGUUUUUGAGUCAAACUUUGUGGGAAGGAGGUGUGUUGUCAAGGAGCGCUUUUCAAAGAAGUACCGGCAUCCAUCUUUGGACUCAAAACUCACUCUCAAGCGUUUGAAUGCGGAGGCCAGAUGCAUGACAAGAGCUAGACGACUAGGAGUAGCAACUCCAGUACUGUACUCUGUGGAUCCUGUGCUGCAGACCCUAACAUUUGAGUACGUGGAGGGUCCAGCUGUCAAAGAUGUAUUUCUUGAUUUUGGGUUGCAUGGUGUUGCUGAAGAACGGAUGGAUGAUAUAGCAAAGCAGAUUGGUGAUGCAAUUGGGAAGUUGCAUGAUGGUAACCUUAUUCAUGGUGAUUUGACCACAUCAAACAUGUUAAUACAGAGUGGUACCAAUCAACUGGUCCUCAUUGAUUUUGGGUUAAGCUUCACAUCAACCCUUCAUGAAGAUAAAGCUGUUGAUUUAUAUGUACUUGAGCGGGCCUUGCUAUCAAUGCAUUCUUCAUGUGGGAAUGUGAUGGAUCGCAUACUUGCUGCAUAUCGGAAGUCCUCAAAACAGUGGUCAUCCACAUUGAAUAAGCUAGCUCAAGUGCGACAAAGAGGUCGAAAGCGCACAAUGGUUGGCUAAGCCACCUUCAAUAAUGUGUUCCGCAUUAAGGUAGGAGAGAGAUGUUUAUGCAGACAGAUAAUGCUAUGAGAAAGUCUAAAACUGUAUUUUAUUAUUUGCAUGUUUUACACAUUAUUGGAGUAAUUAAAUUCUAAUACACAUGCCUUGGACCUCUAA